AUCAUCAAUCCGUUUGUCUGAAGAGUUCUUCCCUCUGAGUCCACAGCGGUCACUCGUCGGUUCAGUCCGCUGCAUAUGCAUAUAAAUAGAGUUCGCACCGUACGUCUGCUUAAAUACACAUUCAUGUGACUGGACUCCGACGUCUUUUCAAUUCCUUCGUUCCUUCCGAUCCACGAUGACGAUUCACCACAUAGUUCUGUACAAGUUCAAGCCUGAAGCGACUCCAGAACAAAGACAGAGUGUGAUUGACUCCGUCAGCGCCCUUCCAUCACAGAUACCCGCCAUCCAGGGUCUUGUCACUGGUGAAAUACUGUUCAAUCCCCUUGCUCAUGGCUAUGACGACGGGGUUAUUUUUCUAUUUGAGAGCGUAGCCAAGUUGGACGAGUAUCGCCCGCACAAGGCGCAUACUGAUUAUCAGGCGUUUUCGGCGCCUUAUAUUGAAGAUAAACUCAUUUUUGAUAUCGAGACGGCCUAGAGGGGAAACGUAGUCUUUGAUAUCAUGUUGAACAGAUACUGCAUUUAUGAACCACCUUCUGGUUGGGACUAUUUUUUCUAUGUAGACAAGUAAUAUUGUCACAUGGGCAAU